AUGGACACCGCAGCGCUGCACGUCAUGGUGCUGCCGCUCCCGGCGCAGGGGCACGUGACCCCGCUCAUGGAGCUAUCGCACCGCCUGGACGACCACGGCUUCGAGGUGACCUUCGUCUGCACGGAGCCCGUCAUCAACGCCAUGCGACAGACUACCACGCACGACGACAGGAAGAUCCACCUGGUAUCCAUCCCGGACGGUCUGGCUGACGGCGACGACCGCAGGGACCUUGGCAAGGUCCUGGACGCGCUCUCCCGGUGCGUGCCGGGCUACGUGGAGGACCUCAUCCGGAAGACGAAGGUCAAGUGGCUCGUUGCCGACACCAACAUGGGAGCACUGUGCUUCGAGGUCGCCAAGAAGCUUGGCGUCAGGGUCGCCUCCUUCUUCCCAGCCUCCGCGGCAUGCCUUGGGACGUUGUUCAGGGUUCCCAAGCUCAUCGAGGACGGCUUCUUCGACGACAAGGGAUUCCCGAAACGACGAGGUGCGUUCGAGCUGGCCCCGAAGAUGCCGCCGAUCUACACUUCGCACAUGGUGUGGAGCGUCGAAGGCGGCCCGGAGGUGCAGCACGCAGCCUUCCAGCUGGUGUGCCGGAACAACCAGGCGAGCAGCCUCGCCGAGAUCACCGUGUGCAACUCGUUCCUCGAAGCGGAGGCCAUGGCUUUCGAGCUGUUCCCGAACAUACUGCCCAUCGGCCUUCUGUUCGCCGACCAAAGAAAGCCGGUCGGACAGUUCCUGCCGGAGGACACGAGGUGCCUUAGCUGGCUCGACGGACAUCCCGACAACUCCGUCGUGUACGUGGCGUUCGGCACCUCCACCGUCUUCGACCCCCGCCAGUUCAAGGAGCUCGCAGAGGGGCUGGAGCUCACCGGCCGACCCUUCCUCUGGGUGGUGCGCCCGGACUUCACAUCCGGCGCUGGUGUGAGCAAGGCAUGGUUCGACGAGUUCGAGAACUGCGUCGCCGGCAGGGGCAUGGUCGUCAGCUGGUGCUCCCAGCAGCAGGUUCUGGCGCACCGUGCCGUGGCGUGCUUCGUCUCGCACUGUGGGUGGAACUCGACGAUGGAAGGGGUGAGAAACGGCGUGCCCUUCCUGUGCUGGUCCAGACUGAAGGUCGACCAGUAUGCCAACCGGAGUUACGUCUGCGAUACCUGGAGGACCGGCCUGGCCGUGUCCCCUGGUGAAGACGGUGUCGUCACCAAGGACGAGGUGAGCGCCAAAGUGGAACAAGUUAUUGGCGACCAUGGGAUUGCAGACAGGACACGGAUGCUUGGGGAUGCAGCUCGCAGCAGCCUCGGUGAGGGCGGCUCGUCUUAUGAGAACUUCAACAGAUUCAUAAACCUCCUAAUGGAGUGAGCUGCACUUCAAAUUUGACGAAA